AGCUGUGGUUAUCGCGCUUCCGGGACACGAGCGGCCAGGCGAAUGAGCACACAUAGGUUUGCCGGUGCUUUGGCACAGAGCACGGGGCUUGGGGUCCCUGGAACCAGUGGGGCAUCCCAUCUCAGCAAGGACAAGCUUUUGGGAACCAGCAGCCCCUGCGCAUCUCCUCCGGAGCCGGGCGCUCCAUGGAGAGUGAGCCUGGAAUCGUGUCCCCUUUCAAGCGAGUCUUCCUGAAGGGUGAAAAAGGACGAGAUAAAAAGGCCCAGGAGAAGGUUACAGAGAGACGACCUCUCCAUACCGUUGUGGUGUCGCUGCCUGACCGUGUUGAGCCAGACAUCCUGCUGAAUGACUACAUCGAGAAGGAAGUGAAGUAUUUAGGCCAACUCACAUCUGUCCCAGGGUACCUGAAUCCUUCCAGCCGCACUGAAAUACUGCAUCUGAUAGAUAAUGCGAAGAGAGCACAUCAGCUUCCGGGGCAGCUGACCCAAGAGCACGAUGCUGUGAUCAGUCUGUCUGCCUACAACAUCAAGCUGGUGUGGAGGGAUGGAGAAGAUCUCAUCCUCAGGGUCCCCAUCCAUGACAUUGCAUCCGUGUCCUACAUUCGAGAUGACUCUGCUCAUUUGGUUGUGCUGAAAACAGCUCAGGACCCUGGGAUUUCUCCAAGCCAGAGCCUCAGUGCUGAGAGCUCCAAAGCUCUCACCUCGGGCUCGCUGUCAGAGAGUGGUGUGGUACCCGUGGAAGCUUGCUGCUUGGUGGUGCUGGCUACGGAGAACAAAGUGACUGCAGAGGAGCUGUGCUCACUUCUCAGCCAAGUCUUCCAGAUUGUUUACACUGAGUCCACAAUAGACUUCUUAGAUAGAGCAAUAUUUGAUGGUGCAUCCACGCCAACACGGCACAUGUCCCUGCACAGUGAUGACUCUUCUACAAAAGUGGAUGUUAAAGAAUCAUACGAAACAGAAGCAAGCACUGUUUCCUUUGCAGAAACCUUGGAUGCAGGUGACAACUCUCCCUCUUCCUUCUUGACACAACAGUCUCCACACAUCAAAACCAUCAGCGAAAGCGAGCUGAGCACUACAGCCACAGAGCUGCUCCAGGACUACAUGAUGACGCUACGAACAAAGCUCUCUUCCCAAGAGAUCCAGCAGUUUGCAAUGCUCCUGCACGAAUAUCGCAACGGAGCCUCGAUACACGAGUUCUGCAUCAACUUGAAGCAGCUCUAUGGGGACAGUAGGAAGUUCCUGCUCUUGGGCCUACGGCCCUUUAUUCCUGAGAAAGACAGCCAACACUUUGAGAACUUCCUGGAAACCAUCGGAGUGAAGGACGGCCGCGGCAUCAUCACGGACAGCUUUGGGAGGUACAGGCGGACGCUGAGCACCACCUCCAACUCCACCACCAACGGCAACGGCGCGGCUGGCAGCUCGGACGACCAGUCUGUACCCUCAGAGGAGGACGAGUGGGACCGCAUGAUCUCACACAUCAGCAACGACAUCGAGGCGCUGGGCUGCAGCAUGGACCGCGACUCCUCCUGAGAGCCAGCAGGCUUUGGCAGCACCUGCCCAACAGACCCUCGUUUCCAAAGAGGUUUUCAGGGUGGAGAAGGAUGUAGUUACUCUCCCAUCUGCAUCAACAGCUGUCUGUGCCCUCUUACUGUGAAGGUGUGCUUUGCCACAGGCACGCUGCAAAGGAGGAGCCGGGUAGGAGCCCAUCCUCCAGCCUUCCCUGGUUCCGUCACCGCGCAGGGAGCGAUGCUGGGAGAGCCCUGUGUGGAGACAGGUUGCCUACAGCCCUCUCCCUCCCUGGUUUACAGUUUUGCACAUGGUAUCCUUCUUGUAACUGCUCUCCUCCUCCCCUCUUUUGAAUGAAGUUUACCACAAUGUGAAUUAUUUAAGCCUAGCCUUGCGGUUGGCACAGCAUUUCGCAUCCAGACCUGCAGGUGCUCUGCUUCCCCCCCUCCCCUCCGUCCUCCUGCAGCAUGCUCCCAGCUGGGCUCCCAGAUUUUGGGCUUUUGCUUCUGUCCUGCAGGGAACCUGGAUUACAAACCCCAUCUGACCGCUCCUUGCCUUUGCUCCAGCAGUGGCAGGAAGGAGGCAGCACCUGCCCCAUGUUCACAGUGGUGGGAGGUAGCACAAAGCCUCUGCUGGCUCCUGAGGUCCCAAAGGACGUUAUCACACGCCCAUGGAGUGAGAGCUGCUCCUGGACAAACACAGUGGGGUCUCCAGCACACGGUGUACAUAUUGUAAAUAUUUUACAUGCGGUUAUAAAUACACACUUAUUUUUUUAAUCUGUAUCCCUUGCCCAGGAAGCAAUCCUGCUUGAAGGGAGGUGCUGGCAGAACCCACGGGCACCCAGCUGCUUGCUGGAUGCACAGGAGCUGGGGUAGUGAGGUAGGAGCAACCCAGUCAGUGCAAAAACACAAGCAGCAGGAAGAAAGCACAGGCUUGGGCAAGCUGUGCUGAGCAGGGAGCCCACACAAGGGGAAGCACAGGCUGCAGCCCCUUUAGAAAAGGCCUGUCCCUGUUUUGUUUCAUACUCAGGAGUGCUGCUGUGCUCAGCACUGUACCCCCUUAAGCCCUGCCCUUGCCCAAAGCAGCUCCUGUACCCCCCCGUGAAGGUGCUGGGAUGGAAGAAGGACCAAAUGCAGCGAGGAGUAGGGGAGGCUCUGGUGUAUAUAGCACAAGGAUGCAGAGGUAUCCCCAUGCCCUUGCUUGGAGCUGGCUGGCCUCUGCAGGACCCAAGCCCAGACACUUGCUCAGCACUUUGCAGGGGAAUUCAGCCCCUCCAGCACAUUCCUCUGUGCUUUGUCCUGCUGCACUGCUUCCACUGCAGUAACACAUCCCAGAGCUCCCACUGCCCUUUAAUGUUGCUUAUCCUUUGCAGCCCCAUACAGAAGCUUGCCACCAUCAUCCCAGUGCCCAGGCUGCUCCCUCAUUAACCAAAUGCAGUUCUCUGCCAUCCCACCGUGGAUCCACCACUUUGGUGCCAUCCUGCCACGCUCCCUUUGCGGCUGGGACAGAGCCCACCAGAGCUAAGCCUUCAUCCCUGCGUCCUCCCCCCUCUCUCAGCUCUGCCCCUUGGGGUACCUCUUACCCUGCUCCUGCAGGCACAGCGGUCCAGGAUUGCAGCCCCAAUGACCCCACAGCUCAGUGCUUCAUCUUUAAAAGGUGCACACUUGUGUCCUGCUAUGGGGCACUUCCUUUUAAGGCAGCUCCGCACUGCAACUCAUGGCCAUAAAACUCUUCCCUUUGCCAUUGAGGCUGCUCUGUCAACAGAUGGACCGCAAGCAGGAGAGCAAGGAAAGCUGCAGCCCCUGCACCAGCAGGGUUCGAAAAAGUAAAACAACAACAACGAAAAGAAACCAAAACUCACAAGUCAGGAGUACAGGCAUUGAGCUCCCACUGAGCAUGGGAGCAUUGCUCCAGAGCCCUGGCUAUGCUGAGUCCUCAGUGCCUUCUUACACACAUGCAGAUUUAUAAAGAAAAACCACAAAUGACACAAACUGACGCUUGAGUCACUGACAGCUUAAGGAAAUCUGGAAAAACCCUAUUUUUGAAAAGAUUGUAUACAGAGAUGCAUUUAGCAGAAGCUGUAGCAGCUCAUGGUAUUUUUUUAUACUUCAUUCACCGGGAAAUGUGAUUUAGUUCUGGAGAGAACUGUUUGUCAGAACUCUGUUGAGGUGACCGAGUGCUUCCCCCACAAAACCCCACUGCUGCUCCCCACCACGACAAGCCCCCGUGCUGCCCAAGACCCCGAGCACCACAGGGGAGCCGGGGACGCCCCGGGGGUGUUUUGUAUGUAUGCUUUCUGUAUGGAGUAUUUGUUACAGGUAAAUAUAACUCUGCACCUGGC